GUCAGCACGGACUUCAUGCUGCUGUACAUGUCGAUCACGCUGGGUGGCGUCGAGUGGGUCAUCACCGUCAUGGGGAUUGCGUUCAAUGCCGUCAACGUCGCCGUGUUCGUGAAACAAGGCUUCUCGGACCCGGUCAACAUCAGCCUCCUGGCGCUCACCGUCUCGGACCUCUGCUCCCUCGUCGUGAUUCUGUGGAGCAGCCUCUGCUACGUCCAGGCGUUCAGGGACUCCGCCGAGAUACCUCUGGUGGCGGACGAGGUGCAGCUGAUCACCGGCGGCUGGCCGCACGUGACCUUCACCAAGGUCACCGCCUGGAUCACGGUCUUCAUCGGGUUCGAAAGGUGCCUGUGCGUCCUCAGGCCUCUCAAGGUCAAGUCGAUCAUCACCCCGAACGUAACGCUCUUCGCGAUGAUAGCCAUCAACUUCGUCGCUCUGGGCUGCGCCUCGUUCGCGUACAUUUCUCUGAGAGUCGACUGGGCAUUUUACCCUCAGAGGAACAUGACCGUUCUCCGAGCCGUCUCCAACAUACCCGACUCGAGAACGCGAGAGAGCCUCGACGUCGUCUCGUACGCGAUCAACGGCGUGGCCAUUCCCAUACCGAGUUUUUUCCUGGUCGUCGCGUGCACCGGAGUCCUUGUUAUCGAGCUGAGGAAAAAAUCGAGCUGGCGAAUUUCGAACGCCUCCGCAGACCCCACCCCAAUGAAAUCAAAAUUAAAAGCCGGUGGCUCCAAGAUGACCGCCGUGACCACCCGUGACCAGAGGGUGGUCAAAAUGGUAAUUCUCAUCUCGGGUCUGUUCAUCGGCUGCUACCUCCCCUCCACCGUGGUGUUCCUUGCCGCCACCAUCGAGCCGGAACUGAGUUACGGCGGCGCGUAUAGAAAUCUGUACAGGAUCAGCUUCGCCACCGCCUUCAUGGCGGAGGCGAUCAACGCCAGCACCAACAUUUUCGUCUACUAUAAAAUGAGCACAAAGUUCAGACUGACACUUAACACUCUGAUCAUUCGUAAGCUGAAAAUUUAGUGGAGUCGUUUUGCGCCAACAUCCAUGAUGUAGGUAUUUCCUCUAUCUGUAUCACUAAUAAUGUGUUUUAAAAAAACCCAACAAACCAACAAACACUCCAGCAUCUAGAUCGAUUAAAGAGUGCAAAAUGUAAUUCAAAAUUAUUUCUUCUGAUUUAGAAUACCUGAG